UGUGUUAGGUGAAUGAGCUGAUCAAGGUCGAUUAAAUUGGUUUUGUGUGCGUGUAUAUAAAAAGGGUUUUAUUUCACUUCGGGCAACACACACGGAUAAUUUAUACACACGAAAAUAGACAUGGCAUUUACGGGGAGGCGAGUUUUGAUCACCGGUGGUGGAAGGGGUCUCGGCUACGAAAUCGCCAAACAAUUCGACAUCGUUGGAGCUACAAUUAUAAUCCUCGAUAAAGAAGUUGAAUUGUUAAAUUCAAUAAAAUCCCAGCAUCCGAAAUGGACAAUGAUCCAGUGCGAUUUGCUAGAUUGGGAGGGGACGAAAUCAGCGUUGGAACAUCUCGAACCGUGUGAUCACGUGGUGAACAACGCUGGUGUCAACUUCCGGCAAGAUUUCCUGGACAUCACCCCCGAGAAAAUUGACUUCAUCUUCGGGGUAAACUACAAAUCCAUCGUGAACAUCAGUCAAAUCAUGUCGAAAAAGAUGAUUGCGAGUAAAAUCCCUGGAACGAUUGUGCACAUUUCGUCCUACGCUUCAUACGUUCAACUGCCAAGCAUCAGCGUUUACUCCGCAUCAAAAGCAGCCGUUGUCAAUUUAACUAAACACAUGAGUGCGGAAUUGGGUCCGCAUAAAAUCAGAGUCAAUUGUGUGUGUCCGACUUAUAUGAUUACGGAUUUUACCAAGGAUUACAUUGAAAAAAAUCCCGAGAGGUUUGAGAAAAUUUUAGAUAAGCAAAACUUUAAGGAAUUUGUGGAUCCGGUGGAUGUUGGGAAGCUGGUCGUGUUUCUUUCGGGGGAUGGGGCCAAGAUGAUCAAUGGGAGCAAGGUGAAGAUCGAUGGGGGGUGUUGAUUAGUCAUUUGUGGAGUGUUAAGUAACAAAUGUUAAGUAACUUUGAUUCAUGUUUAUUUCCGGGGUUUGUUUACGAUCGUGGAUUCUUGUGAAUUGUAAAUAUUUAUGUAGUUUUAAUUUGGGUCACAAAUUACGUGUCAAUCAGUGUGGCUAAAUUAUUUUAAAAGAAAUAAAGAUGAAAUUAUUACAA